AGGAUGCAAUGAGGACGUUACAUCACUUGCAGUGCAGCAUGCAGCAUGUAGAGGGGACCGAGGCAUCUUGGCCAUAUUGUGCACCACCAGCUCCUCUCAGCGGCUGCGUCACAAAUUGAGACGCUGGCGUGUAUGACACAUUCAACAACACACGGCGCCGUUGAAAGAGAGAAAACCACUGCAGACAGAUUCGAUUUUUAAAAACAAUACGCUCGGCUGACAAGGUUGGCGUGCACACAAAAUGGUUAAACUGGGGAAUAAUUUCAGCGAGAAAAACAAUGGGAAGGGAGCCUCUGAAGACGGAUUUGACACCAUCCCCCUCAUCACACCCUUAGAUGCCAGCCAGCUUCAUUUUCCUCCACCAGACAAGGUGGUGGUGAAGACAAAGGCGGAUUACGACGGCGAAAGUAAGAAGGGCAAGAUCGGCUCUCCCAAAAUCGCAGAGUUCUCAAUAAGCAUCAUCGAAGGCGUGUCCGAGAGACUCAAAGUGACCUUGCUGGUGAUCUGUGCCCUGGCCUUCUUGGUGUGUGUGGUGUUCCUGGUGGUCUACAAGGUCUACCAAUAUGAGCAGCCAUGCCCUGACAGCUUUGUGUACACGCAAGGCCGCUGCAUGCCGGCUGGGAUGUACGGCGGCAACUUCCCCCAUCAGGGGCCGGGGGGCCGCGGGCGCCUCUUCACCCUCAUCAACCACUACAACAUCGCCAAGCAGACCAUCACUCGGUCAGUAUCGCCGUGGAUGACCAUCAUGUCUGAGGAGAAGGUCACCCAGCAGGAGACAGAGACAGCACAGAAGAUGGCUUAAUCGACCGGGCGUGGCCUCACCUGCUGAGGGAGAAGAAAUAAUAUGGCUGUGCCAUUCAAGCAAACCAGAGUCCUGCUGCUAAAUGUGCUCGUCUUGCCCGAGGUGCUGUGCUGCCUUCAAGGUCGGCUGAAUGUGUGAAAACUGUGAUCAUGUUUUCGGCAAACUGAGGCUCGUGCUGGGUUCGUGGUUUGUUUGAAUAGCAUAUGCUGUUAUUUAUUGUUACACAGUUGAGUGGCAUCCAUACGUGUAGAAAUGCCACUGACACACACCCACUCACACACUUGAUGUUAACUUUGUAUAUAAACACACGUUCAAACUCAAUUUAGUGAAAUGACUGUGAACUAGCUCAUGUUUGUGACACAUUUAGGUGAAGAUGCACGCACAACAAUUAGGACUGUACUUCGCUUUUCGUCACUUUCUUUCAAAAAGAUCUUGUAGUUGUCAUCAAGCAAUGUUUGCAGCGUAAAUGCCACUGAGGUGUGAAACUUAAUUUACAAGAAUUUAGUAGGAAAUCAUUAAGCAUUAACUUCAGUUCUAACAUGAAUUUUACCAGCAACAAGUAAACUGCGGACGUUACUCUUUGCCAUCAUUUCAAAGCUGUAUUACAGUAACAAAUGUAUUUGAGAACAAAGCUGCUGCUUUCUGGUAAAUUACAGUGCAUUGUUUUGUACAAAGGCCUACUAAAUUGUUGUGAGAAGAGGCUCAACGUCAACUGGCUGCACCAGCAACAAAUGCAUUUUGCACAAUUUUAGGUUGUGCAGUUUGACCUAAACUGCUUUGCUGUCAAGUUUUUCUUUGUUAAUGUACCAAGUGUAUUUAUAAAAGAUUGCCACCAUUUUUUGUGCACAGUGCUUUUGCAGGCUACACAAGAUUGAAACUAAAGGCUGCAUUUCUUAGCAUAACUUUUAUGCUGCUCUACUGAAUGUUUUUGCUUUGAUAGUAAUGACGCCGUAUUGUGAAACCUCUUGCAUUUAUUCAUCAAUGUCGAUCAGAUGGCAACUGGAAGCCAUCCAUUUUUGAACUAGUUGCUUGUCCCUGAAGCUUUGUUUUCCUGUACGUGUCUGUUAAAUGGUCACAAAUGCCUAAUUUUCCAUACAGUGUAAUAAGUAUCAUUGAAGUGGAUUUGCUACAUUUAAUGUUAAAUGAAGGGUUGAAAUAAAGUGUCCACGUUUCCCACCAACAA